AUGAAUAUCAGUACCAAAUGGAAACCAUAUGGAUCUACCAGUGCCGGAGAAAAUGAAAAAGGAAAUCAAUUAAACCAACUCGACUAUCCUCGAGGUAUCUAUGUUGAUGAUGAUAAUCAAUCAAUUUAUAUUGCUGACUGGGGAAAUCAUCGUAUUGUUGAAUAUAAAUUUAAUGACAAAAAUGGUAAAGUUGUUGCAGGUGGAAAUGGACAGGGAAAUCGAAUUGAUCAAUUGAAUAAGCCAACAGAUGUAAUUGUUGAUAAAAAGAAUAAUUCUCUUUUAAUUUCUGAUCAAGGAAACAGACGAGUAAUGGAAUGGUUUCGUCAAAAUGAUAAAAAUGGACAAGUAAUUAUCUCCAAUAUUGAUUGUUGGGGUCUAACAAUGGAUAAUGAUGGAAAUCUUUACGUUUCUGAUUGUGAAAAAAAUGAAGUAAGAAGAUGGAAAAAAGGACAAACAAAUGGAACAAUUGUUGCAGGUGGACAUGAAGAAGGAUAUCAACUCAAUCAAUUUGAUUUUCCUACAUAUAUCUUCGUUGAUCAAGAUUAUUCAAUCUAUGUAUCGGAUUGGAAUAAUCAUCGUGUAAUGAAAUGGAUGAAAGAUGCAAAAGAAGGGAUUGUUGUUGCUGGCGGAGAAGAUCCAGAGGAUAGUCUCACACAAUUGUCUGGUCCUCAAGGAGUGAUAGUCGAUAGUUUGAGUAAUAUCUAUGUGGUUGACUGUCAUAAUCAUCAAAUAAUGCGUUGGUUAAAUGGAUCUAAAGAAGGUUCAAUCGUUGUUGGUGGCAAUGGAGAAGGAAACCAACAAAACCAAUUGAAUGGUCCCAGAGGUUUAACAUUCGAUCGAGAAGGUAAUCUAUAUGUUGUCGAUCAUGAGAAUCAUCGAGUACAAAAAUUUGAUGUUAUUUCAAAUUAA